AUGAGUUUUUAUUCGAAUUUGCCAUCCGCUGGUCAACCUGAUCAAGGAUCCCGAACCGGUGGUCGAGAUAGGGUGGGGCUAGAGCCAUUGUACCCAACUAUUUUCGAAAUAGUAUCGUCGCAAGAAAUCGAUUCCUUGCUGCCCACAUCGAUACGGUAUCUGUUAACAAACCACUUUGUGGCGAACUUUCCCAACAAGUACACUUUACAAUUGAACAACUACUUUCCCGAAUGGUUUCAAGUUGCAAAAGGGUUUGUUGAAUGGUAUCAUUUAAAGACAUAUAAUUCUACAUUUAUUGACCGCUUUUACGGACUGCAACUUUUCAACUCAAGAGACAAGAACUUGGCUCUGACGCAAUGUUUAAAUCCACAAAGUGAAAGUUCAUGGCCGCAGGGUCUGCAACUAACCCAGUUGCAAAAAAAAGUGACCUUCCUGGAGAAGAUUAUUGUCCCUUACAUUACAUCCAAGCUCGAUGAGAUUUUUGAAAAAGCAUCAAUCAGCGGUAUACUGGGUGGUAAUAGUAAUGAUGGUGGAAAUACAUGGGUCAAAAGAGUAUUUUUGAAACUGUACCCUUAUAUCAAGAAACUCUUUGCGCUAUCCAAUUUACUUAUCAAGCUAUUGUUUCUAACUAAAAAAACAGGAGCUGUUUCGUUGUUGCAGUACUUGUGUAACAUAGAGUAUACCACCAUGAAACCACUUUCACCAGCACUAUCUAGCUUCAAAGAGACAAAGGGGCCCGAUAGUAGAUUACAGAGAACAAACAUGUCGUCAGCCGUGGCACUUUUACAAAAUAAAUUAUCGGUCAUACUCCGGAUUUUAUCUUUCACGGGUUCGCAAUUCUUCCCAACUUUUAUAUUCGUAUUGAGAGUUUAUCAAUGGUGGACCACGCAGGACAUGACUACAAGAUUGAAGAAAAAACUGAAUGACCUAGAUAAAGAUAUUCCAAGACCACCUGUCUCGUCAAGUGGUGACCAAACCAACGAUGAAAAUGAAGCCACUGAGUUAUGCCCUGUCUGUGAAAAAUCCAUACAGAAUCCAUGCGUAUUGGAAACUGGAUAUGUGGCAUGUUACCCAUGCGCCAUGAGCUAUUUGGUUAAUAAUGAGGGCCAUUGUCCCGUUACAAAUAAGAAAUUGCUGGGUUGUACGUUCAAUAAAGAAAUGAAUAAAUGGGAAGUUAUGACGGGUAUCAGAAAGCUACUGAUUUGA